GAAAACAUAGAAAAAAAUGGUUUCAAGAAAGGAAAUGAAGAACCAGCAAAAGGCAACAAGGUCUCACAAAGACCGCCAUGUGAGAGUUGGAGGCCGGGAUCGUCGGAUCCGGCUUCCGGCGAAUGUUGCUCCCCAGCUAUUCAAAUUGACAAAAGAACUCGGCUUCCAUACCGAUGGCGAAACCGUCAAUUGGCUCCUCCAAAAUGCCGAGCCAGCCAUUUUUGCCGCUACCGGGCAUGGCAUCAACACUACUCCAAACAAUGUUAUCAACUCGAAUAAUAAUAUUCAUAGAUAUUCUUUAAUCUCUGGUAACAACUGCACCAUUAAUAACAUUUUCACUUGUACCGGAGUCAAUACUGGUCAUCCAGAGAUGGUCUUUCCGGGCACUUCAUCUACUUUUCCGGUUAAAGCUGAAGAAGAUGUUCCGAAUCAGAAUCAGCAGCAGCAGCAACAGCCACAAGGCCCGCAACUAGGGUUUGAGUGUGUUAAGAUGGAGAAGAAGUCAUAUGUUUGGAGUGAGUAAUGAUUGAAGACUUAGUUCGGUUUUGAUUUUGGUUGCUGUGUUUGCAUUUUGUUUUUUUCUUUUCCUUCAUGUUUUUUGUUUUCUUUUCAGUUUGGAGUUUUGAGUCUUUUUGCUUCUGUUGGUUGUAUUCUCAUGUUUUGCAGUAACCAAAAUCUUAAUCAUAAUAAAAUGCCAAUUUUCCAUCUU